AUGGCCUUCCUCAAGUCCAACCAGCUUUCCAUUCCCUUUCGCCAGUCAGCGCACCUCUCGCUCUCGAACUCGCUCUGUCGGUAUAUCACCGACAAGUACAAUCAACAUCCCGACGUGUUCCGCGAGGACCUGAGCGUUAUCGACGCGCUACGCCACGAUGCCGUGAACGUCUACGAGGCCCAUCCCAGCGGCAUAAAAAAGCUGCAGGCGUAUGCUGCACAGCUCGCUUGGAUUAGCGGAAAAUUCCCGGUGGAGGUCGGCGCCGAGUUUACGUGGUACCCUGCCCUCGGCUACAAUGUCGAACGGCCCAUCGUCGAGGACAACCUCCAGUUCGAAAUCAUCAACAUCCUCUACAACCUUGCGGCCCUCUACUGCCAGCUGGCAGUCGGUACGAGCCACACGGACGCAGAUGGCCUCAAGGCUGCAGCUAGCUACUACGUGCAGGCUGCAGGCGUGUUCAAGCACAUCCGAGAGAAGCUGCUGGUUGAUCCCGACGUGACGGCAGCGAACCUGCCCGACGACCUCGACGCCGCGACCCUUGACGCGCUGGAGGAGCUCAUGUUGGCACAGGCGCAGGAGUGCUUCUGGAUGCGCGCAGUCAACGAGCGGUACAAGGACGCGACGAUCGCCAAGCUCGCCGCGCGCCUGUCGGACCUCUACAACGCCGCCGGCGAGGCUGCCGUGCGCAGCGACGCUAUCAGCCGCGCCUGGAUCCACCAUAUGAGCGCCAAGCAUCACCACUUUGCUGCCGCUGCACAGUACCGGGCGUCGCUCGACUGCCUAGAGAAGCGCCGAUAUGGCGAGGAGGUAGCCCGGUUGCAGGACGCGCUGCAGUGUGCGACCGAGGGUCUGAAGGAGGGCCGUGGCGGCCUUCUGAGCAAACCGGUGCAGGAAGAUCUCCAGAAUCUGAAGAAGCGCGUGGAGGAUGACCUCAAACGUGCAGAGAAAGACAACGACAUCAUAUAUCUGAACGUCGUGCCUGCAAAAUCAGAACUGAGGAUCCUCGACCGUGCCAGCAUGGCCCUUUCCCGAACGCCUCCACAGGUCGAGAAGCCGUUGGACUUUCUCGGCGACGGCACAGAAUUCGGCACUCCCCUCUUCGCAAAGCUCGUGCCGUUUGCAGUUUACCUCGCCGUGUCUGUGUACGAAGAACGACGAGACCGACUUGUGAACCAGAACAUCAUACGCGACCUGGAGGCGUUGACAGAGCAGCUGCACGAAUCGUUGAUAUCGCUGAACCUUCCCGGCUCUCUGCAGGCCAUAGAACGGCCGCUCGGGCUGCCCGGAACGCUGUCGCAGCAUGCGGAGGAGAUUCGGUAUGCCGACGUUCUGAACAAGGUGCAGCGCAGCUUUGCCGACAUCGACAAGCUUCGGGCGAGCGACCGAGCGACAUUCGACGAAGGAAAGGCCAUGCUAGAGGUAGAAGACGACGAAGACACGCAGCUGCGACAGCGGCACGGCACCGAGCGAUGGACACGGCCAGAAGGCAAGGCAGACGCGCAGGGCCAAAAGCUGUGGAAAAACGCAGUCGAGAUCGAGGGUUACUUCAGCUCCAGCGGGUCCAGCGACGCGGUGGUGCGCGACAUGUUUGCCUCGGUCAAGGACAUGCUGGGGCUUCUGGCGGGAUCGGACCGAGCACUGCUAGACUUUGUGCCGAACAGCCGGAAGGUGGACAUCUCGGAGAUGGUAAAGCCAGCGCUGGGACGGCUCCGAGGCGUGUACAAUGACGUGCUGCGGAUGGAGUCGCGGCGGCGGAAGCGCGUGGAGAUGCUGCACGAGAAGGCGCGCGGCGACGACGUGAAGCCAGACAUGAUGAAGGAGACAGCACGACUGGAGCGGACGUACGCGAACACGCCGAUCGUGGCGUCCCAUUUUGACAGCUUCUUCGCCAGCCGGCUGCGCGACCUCUACGGCGAGGACCAGGGCGUCGUCGACAAGGAGCGAGAAGAGCAGGAGAGGCUGCUCGAGGACGUGGCGCGAGCGAACCGCGACUUUGAGGCACAGAAGCGGGCCAGCGGCGACCGCGGCAGCCGCGAGCGCGAGGCGGUGCUCCAGAAGCUGGACACGGCGUACUACAAGUACAAGGAGAUCGUCAAGAACGUGGAGGUGGGCCGCAAGUUUUACAACGAUCUCGGUCGCAUCGCGGGCUCGUUCCGGGACCAAUGUCGCACUUGGCUGCAGCAGAGGCGGGCAGAGGCCCAGAGUUUGGAAGAGGAACUCUCCAUGCCCGUCUUAUCGUCCUUGUCGCUUGAUCAGCGGUCAGCGCAGUCCUCGGUGCCACCACCGCCAGCACCAGCACCAGCGCCGGCUCCAACGGUCCAGCAAGUCUCAUCCCAUGCAUCUCAUGCAACUCAUGCAUCACUAUCGUCGCAAGAUCAGAGUGCUAUGCCUCCACCUCAACAGCAGUCGUCUAUCCAGUCUUGGGCCACCAGCGGCCCACCACACCAUCAUCUCGCCAUGUUCCCGCCGGCCAUACAGCAACAGCAGCAGCAACAACAGCAACAGCGGCAGAAUCAAGCACCACAGCAGCAGACAUGGUCACCCGGAGUUGCCAUCCAGUUCGGAACACCAAGCAUGUCAGUGUCACAGCAGAAAAUGCCUGGUGCUAGUGCGACUGGGAACAGGACGCCUGGGACAUGGGACCCAUCGUCGGGGAUUCGUUUCGGCUGA